CCAGAACUCAAAGCACUGCUGCUGAGGAAGAUGUCUGCCGGGAGAGCAGGUCGCGGCGCGUGAGCAUCAGGAAAUCUCCGGGAUCGGUCAGCUCUUCUUGCUGCAACGAGAUCCGAUUGAUGGUGGUGGCAAGGAGCCGCGAGGCUGCAUGCACUCGUUUGUGCGCCCUCAAAUGCCAGCAUUCACUUGGUCAGAAGAAACGCAACUAGUCUUCACUGGAAGCUGUGACAUCACGUGACCUUCAACCCUCCUGCUGUUGUUGCAAUUAGAAACCGUCAGGCACAACACGUAACCAGGAUGCAACCUUCCGAAUGUCUCCUUCUCCUCCUGCUCCUGUUUCCAUCCGCAUUCUUGAAGGUUAGCGCCGACACUGACGGGUUCCCGGAUGUUAUCGACAAUUCCAAGCAUCUGGAGUCUGAGGUCCGGAGGCUGAAGAGAGCGGCCACAAACAAUAGACGCAACGGCGGCAAGAAAAGCAGGGUUUGUGAGUCCGUGUCUGACAAAGUGGCACGAGACAUCACCCAAGAGCUCUCGGGAUUGAGGGCUCAGCUUCACACCUCGGACGUGAUGACGUCUUUGCGGGCUGAGCUGCAGGCGGGGCUGGCGUCGGUGCGCGCGGAGGCCAGCGACAAGGCGGUGGUCAUCCGCAAAGAAUUGGAGGCAGGGCUCGCCGGGCUGCGCACCGAGCUGCAGAAACUGCGCGCCGAGCUUCAGGCGGAACUCAACAGCGACCUGAACGACGUGCGGUCUGAACUGCAGCACACCAUGACCACCUCGUGCUCGGACCAGAAGGAGGUGGCCGCAGCUCUAGCCGACCUGCAGUCCGGGCUCUCUGCAGCACGCUCGGACGUGGAGCAGCGCGUGAGCUCGGCUCGAGCGGAGCUGGAGCAGCGUGUGAGCGGCGUGCGCUCAGAAGCUCGAGGGCGGGCUAGCUGGGGUCAAGGCUGAGUUCAAGGCCAGCGGCGUGGUCCUGCGGUCCAAUUUGCAGGACAUGGUGGCCGACGUGCGCGCAGAGCUGCAGGAAAGCGUGAGCAGCACCCGCUCCGAGCUACAGAGCGGCUUCGUAGCGGCGCAGUCCGGCCUGCAAAACACUGUCUCUUCCAUCCAGGCCGACAUGAUGAGCUCGUCAGCGCAGGUGCAGAAGGAGCUGGCAUCGCUGCGGGCUGAGAUCCCAGGCAGCGUCCUGGCCCUGCAGAGUGACCUGCAAGCCGACCUGGCGGCGGUGGGCGUCCAGUGUCGCGACAACAUUCCAGCCUUCACGGUCUGCUGCAGACAGAGAUCUCACACCUUGCAACCAAGGUCCAGGAGGUGAGCGGCACGCAGACCCAGCUGAGCGACUACGGUCUUGAUCUCGAGGCCAAGCUCUCAGACACCGAGGUUAACCUGACGGAAGGCGUGGCGGCGCUGAGGGCGGACGUGACCUUGGAGCUAUCCUCCGUGCGCGACGAGGUAAAAAAGAUCCUGAGGCCAACAAGCAGAAGGUCGACGGUGAGACACGUCAGGUGCGCGAGCUCGUGCAGUCCAGUGUCGCGGCGCUGCGCGUGCAGAUCGAAAACCUCGCAGCUGACGUCAUCGCAAACGUCACGGAGCUCGUUUCGGCGCUGGAAUCUAAGGUGGAUGGCACGGCGCCGAAACGGCGACCCAUGGACGAUUCGCCUCUGACGACCAUCGACGAGCGCAACAAACUGCUGAGCAAGCUGGUUCAGAACCUUACUGCCACGCGCGACCAACUGUUGUCAGCGGGAAAGGCUGGCGUCGGAGGGUGGUCAUCAUCUUACAUCAGAUGGGGUCGCUCUGAGUGCCCUAAUGGCAGCGAGAUUGUGUACAGAGGCUUUGUCGGCGGGUCUUCCUACGACUCCGACGGCGCCGCCGCUAACCGCCUGUGUCUGACGGCGACACCCCGCCCCUCCGAUAUCACAGGUGCCCGCACUUACAUCUACGGCGCCGAGUACAAGUUCGCCGAGCACCACGACAUGGACGUAGUGUGCGCUGUGUGCCGCGCGCGCCUGGCCGUCACCGUCAUGGUGCCCGGAACCGAUGUCUGUCCGGAAGGCUGGACGCUGCAGUACGCCGGCCACCUGACGGCUGGCAUGGUCGGACAUCGGGCUGCCAGCGAGUACCUGUGCCUGGAUGCUAACCCUGAGCAUCGGCCGGGUAGCCACGAGAGCCGUAACGGCGCCCUCUUCUACUACGUCUUCGCACAGUGCGGUAGUCUCCCUUGCCCCCCGUACACCAACAUGUACUUGACUUGUGCUGUUUGCUCUCGUUAGACGAGGGCUGUAACGUGUUCCUCACCAACCUGCCAUCUGAAAAGCUGACGAUAAUUCUACGUACGGGGGUUGACAUUUUUAAUCCACUAAUUUUUUGUUCCUCCCUAAACGUCCACGUAGGCGCACACUACUCCUCUAUGAUAUCUGUAAUCGGAGUAGAGCCUACCGAGACCAAGGGAAUAUACAGUAGCCGAGGCAAAAUGAGAAGCCAUCUUUGUAGCUUAUGCCUAGUUGAGCCACGAUGAUUUUUAUUGAUUUCAGUAGAAGACGUUUAGCACACUUAGAAGAACAAGAAUAAACACAUUUGACUGACAUUUUGCUGGAGGUGGCAUGUUAAUGGCGCAUUUUACACAGCGGGGAUAUAGCUGCACAUGUUUCUACGAAUUUGUAUUAUGUUCGUGAUGUUUCUAAAACUAGAAACGCAAAUUUAGAAACUUUUUUUCAAAAACCGCUAUGCUAUUUAGAAGAGCACAACUGCAAUCGAUGUGCUGACGGGAAGAAAAGUCUGGCCUUAAGCAGUUUUAUCUUAUUUAAUCCCUAAGGCCUAAUGGUGCUAAAAUCAGAAAUUCUUAAUUGUGUAAGUGGCCCCAAAAUUGCGUCGCAUGGCAUCACGACCUUUUCAAAAUACGUAGGUCAUGCCAAGACCCCCUCCAUAAGUCAGCUUUGCAUCGAAUACGUAUUGGGUUUCUGCAUCCGUCCUGCCUCUCUACCUCCCCUGCAAAACUUUCCACGUUCUCUUCCAUUUCAUUCGACGGGUCGAGCGUUUGGAAAGGAGGUAGGAUAUUGACAAAAUUAUUUUUAACAACGAAAAAAGACGAUUAGCGUUCAUGAUAAUUUUGGAGGGCCUCUCCCACCACCUUCGCUAGAAAGCUUAAUACUUUUUCUUUAUAAGCUUUUUAGUGGCAUAUGGUACCUGGGAAUUCAGCUGCAAGCACUACUAAUAAAGUACUGUUUUUUUUUAAAUAAGCUGGCAAGUAAUUUUCAACGGCGAUGGUCGAUCAGGCCAAUUAUCACUUGGUGGUGCAUGCUGUAGAAGUUAUACCGUUGUAGCAGGACAAAAAAUUAUAAGCAUAAAAUACUGACCUGUGGAUGCAUGGCCACAUCUAUGCCAUCCGACGUCAACGAAACAAUCGUUAGUCACCACAUUUACCUAAUUAGUCAAUCGUGGCAAGUCGUCUGCUCUUUUUUAUUUUUUUCACGUCACGUGACUAUCCACGCAUGCGCUUCUUUCAUUGUUCGUUACGUCUUGCAUAGGCUAUUUUAAUUGUGUGUGCGAUUAUUUUUGUUUUUAUUAUAAGCUUAGAGAAAGAUUUUCAGGGGCUUUGUUUUUACAUUUUUGUACAAAAAAGACGUUUAAACACAAAUACGUAUACAUAGUCUAGAUCGACAUAGAUGGACAAAUACGUAUACAUAGAUCGAGUGAUCAAAAGGCGAAAAAAAAAAAGGAUUACUCUUUUACCACUUCAUGUUAUUAAUUGAGAUUCGAAUGAGUG